AUGUCGGACGAGCUAGCUUCCACACUUGCUUCCUUUCAGGAGUUCAUGGCCGGAGUCAAUAGACGCUUGGAUCAGUUAGAGAGUUCUCGCCAGGAUCCUCAUCCGGCUGGCAUGGUCACUGACGAGACAAUUCCUCAUGCAUCUCAGACAGCACAAACUCGUCCACCUGGGGUUUCACUUGGUACUCCAUUCCAUCUGGCAGACCAUUAUGAGACCAUUCCACCACCUACUGUCACAGUGCCACCUCCCAUGGUUCCCACUAUUGAGGAUACUCGAUUAGCCGAGCAGGAGGCCAAGGUUGAGAGGCUUGAGUCCAUGAUGAGACGGAUCAGAUUGCAGGACGGAGGUUUGACUUGGGAUGACAGAGACGGCAUACCGGCGGCUAGCUUGCCCGCCAAGUUUCGCAUGCCAGACAUCGAGCGUUACAGUGGGAUUGGUUGUCCUAAGAUCCACUUGAGACUGUUCAGCACAGUCAUGAGGGCACAUGGUAUCGAUGAUGCGCAGUUGGUGGCCCUCUUCCCUAUGUCACUUAGUGGAGCGGCUCAGAGGUGGUUUGCUUCGGUUGAGCCUUCGAGACUCCGCACCUGGGGGGAUGUGGCUCAUGAGUUCCUGACUCAGUUUACUUUCAGUGCUGAUAUUGACGUAUCUAGACGAGAGUUGGAGGCCACCAGGCAGAGGUUCGCGAGACGUCUUGUGGGCGUCCCAUUUCAGGACCUAAGGAGUCUGGUUCAGGCAACUUUUAGUGUUGAGGAGGCCAUCGCUCGAGGAUUAUGGACGGAUGUUACUCCUUCCCCUGACAGUAAGGGGAAGAAGCCGAUUGGAUCAUUUGGUAGAUCUAGAGAGGUUGGCGCUAUUAGCUAUCAGUAUCGGAGGCCCGCACAUCACUCGCCUUACAGACCUCCUCCAGUCGGAGCUCCUUUCUCUCUUCCACAGUAUCAGUAUCAGCUGGAUUAUGCUCAGGAGCCUUACAUUGCUCAGACCAACAUGCAGCCACGACCACCACAUCCGAGAGCCGCUACUCACCCACCGCCUAGACCAUAUGCACAGAGGGAUGCUGGAGUGAUUGUUCCUUUGGCGCCGAGGCCUUUGCCCCAUCCUAUUCCUCCUCAUUUCCGUUCACAUGAGCACUGCUUGUAUCAUCAGAUUCCGGGGCACGAUACUGAGCGUUGUUCAGCACUUCAUCAUGCGAUACAGGAUUUGAUCGAUUCAGGGUUGGUCAACUUGGCUGGGCCAAGUGUGACCACCAAUCCUCUGCCUACGCAUUUUACACAUGCAGUUCCUCCUCCUCCUGGUCUUCGAUAG